AUGCCAACCUCUACCGCAAAACUCCUUGGCCUCACACGCUUACAGCCUGCACAAAUCAGCAUUGGACUUGCUGAUCAUACCAUAGCCAAACUGCGAGGAGUAGUGCUUGAUGUUCUUCUUGAGAUAGGAGACACAAAGAUGCCGGUGGACUUUCAUGUUAUGAACAUCAAAGGAGGAAGUGAUACACCUCUCAUACUUGGCCGACCUUUCUUGGCCACUGUUGGAGCUAUCAUGGACCUUCCAAAUAGGAAAUCUCUCUAG